AUGCAGGAGAACGUGACCGGUGCGGAGGCACCGGCACGGUUGUCCCAUCUCGAGUCGAUCUACCUCGACGGGCCCAGCAGACAUCCACACGCCCUUUCUUUCGAAACUUUACUCGGUAUGUUUUUUACUCUAUUAUUUGUUCCAUCCUUUGAAAUUACCAUAUUAUCAAAAAUAGUGGCUUCGUCAUGAGCGCUUUCUCUUUCAAAUAGCUUUUUUGCUUCUAAUCUGAUUGUUUCAAAAGCUAUAAUCGAUAGUCGCUGCAUUUGGACCGCGUCAUGGCAUUAUAAUCAAUUUUGAUGGAGUUCAAAAUCAGAAUGGAAAAAAAGAAAAUGCAGAAAAUGAAAAUAUCGUCGUAACAUUCAAAAAUUUCGUCAAUUUAGUGCCUUUGUAGCAUCAGAACCGAUUUUUUUAUUUUAAAAAAAUUGGGAAUUCGUUAUUCAAUCGGUAGGAAUUCAUUUCUCUUUUCGGUCUGGAUGUUGAUUCUUCCGUUAAUUUUCGUUUUAAUAAAGGUCAAAUAAUAUAAGUCAUAUUUUCGCUUGAAAUUUUUCCACCUUGUUGUUACUAACGUCUCCAUUCUAAAAAGUAAAAUAGUUCAGAAGUUCGAAAAGCGUUCUUCCACAUUUAGUGAUCGAAAAAGGGAUAAAAUGAUCAAAAUCAGAUUUCGAAUUUUUAUUUUGCAAACGAAAAACUUUCAGUUCACCAAAAUCGUUUUAAUAUAAAUUUUUUCCUGGAACCUAUACACUCUGAAUUUAGAAGUCGUUUUUAUGUUGUUGAUUUUUUAACUCUCAGCGAAAUUUUUUGGAUUGUUGCUAGCCCAACGCUAAGAAGAGUUUAGCGGUCAAAAAAUAUUUAGUUUAUGUAUGAAGUACGAAAUUUUCAAAAAUUAAUUUUUUCAGAUUCCCUCGUUUGCCUGUUCGAUGAAUGCUGCAACAGUACGCUGCGGAAAGAAAAAAAUGCGUCGCGGAAUUCGUCGAAUCAGGUUCUUUUUUCUCUUUUGUUUUUUUGAAGUUCGAUAUUUGAAUAUUUGAAUUACAUGUGUAGAAGGAGUUUUUUUGUUUAUUGUUUAUUUCAAAUAGUGACUCAUUUAAUGAUUUUUAUAGAGAUUAACACUGAAUGAGUGUAUAUCCGUUAACCUCAGUGAGAAGCAUUCCAGUUUUUUGCAAUACUUCCACUUGUUGGUUUCAAAAAUAAUUUUUUCGUAGAUUUCGCUUUUGUUUUCAUUUAUUUAUCUAGAAGAAAGUUUGUUUUCAUAUCUAUUAAAUCAACCUGAAAGUAAUGACUAAAACCCUGUAAAUUCUCGUUUAAUAGAAAAUUGUUUGGAAAGUAUUUUUUCUAAUUAGUUUUAUCUGUUUUGCCGUAGAAUUCCCAAGACUUUCUUCCCUUCUUUUUUCUUCUCAAAAUGGACAAAAACAAGUGAUGAUCCUGGUGGACGGAGACGUUUUCCGGCUCUUUUUGGCCUCCAACUCGUUCCUCGCCGCAUCCGCUAUAAUAUGUGUUUGUGGAUUGGCUUAAGACGGACCGUUGGCUCGCUCGUUUUCACGGAUUAUUUCCAGGCUUUGACCUCUUUUUCUGGAACAAUCGCCAGUUGAUUUCCGAUGGCAUUUCACGGAAAACUAUUGGUUUUUCAGUUUUUUAUUUCUAAAUUUUUAAGACAGUUUGAAGAGCUUGAGUUGUCGGACAAGUAUAGAUUGAUGAAAAUCCCCAUCAAAGUUUUUAGAGGAGAAAGGACUAUAUUUCUAAAAACUCUUGAGAUCGGAAACCGUUUUAGGUAUCUUUUUUUCGGUCAUGCAAUCACUCAAAACAGAUAAAUAAAAAAAUUUUAUUUAUUCUUUUUAUGUUUUUUUAAGUUUGUUCCAUAUAGUACUAAUAUAAUUUUAAAAGAAACUCGAAAUUUGGUCGAAGAUGAACUGGCUCCGCUAAAAAAAGUACUCAAAUUUUUGAGAUAAUACAACAUUUUUCAUGUAUAAUUUGCUCUCAGUGAAAGUUGUCAUGUAGAUGAUAUUAGGGGAAUCUUCUUUUCGUAGUAAAACAUGAAUAAUAUUCCUUUUUUUCGAUUCUCAAAAAGUCACAAAAACUUGUUUUCAGAGUCAACUUUUUUCUUUCCUUUUGGUAACUUUUUCGAAAAUAGCCUUUCCGAGUCAAGAGCUAAGACUGAAAGUCAACAAAAAAAAAAGAAAAAGAGGAAGACUUUUUAGUUAGUCAUGCGUAACUGCUCGAAAUGUGUUGAUACAAGUCACUCACGCAAAAAGACUCGAGAUUUUCACGCAACAGAGAAUUCCUCAAGUGAUUGAUAAAUAAUGUUCUGACAUUUUUUUGAAGUUGAAUGCUGAGCAGGCUACAGAGAAAUGUUUAACUAAUGGAAUUAUUGUAAAAAAGAGCUUCCAAGUUUAUUCUUAAGGUAUGAAAAAACUGCUUCCAAAGUGAUAUCUUUAUUUUUCAAUUUUGAUAAAAGUGUCAAAAAGGUUCUGAGGUACUUUAAAGCAUGCAUUCUGUAGGUCGUCCAACUCAAAAUAAUUUUUCAAAAUCAAAAAAGGUGAUUUCAAAUUUUUUCAAAGAGGCGAAGUAUAAUUAACGCCGGAGAAGAACAUAGGAGAACUAUAUUUGGCUAAAUGUCCAUCUUCAAGAUACCUAUUGAAUGUAGCGUCCAUCAGCAGCGGAAAUCCCCGAAUCAUAAAUUGCGCCGAUUUCUUUUUAAUUAUCAUCCGACCGCCAGAUCUUUAAGUUUUCUUUCGCUUCCCGGGCCUUGUGGGAAAAUCUUCUUACAGUCGUCUUUAAGCUAAAAAAAAAAGUGCGGCGGAGUCGAAACGAAACGUUUUUUGACGCGGGCAGACCCUCUGGUCUCGGCCCCGCCUUCAUCUUUUGUGUAUUUUGUUCUUCUGAGCGCCUGUUAGGCCUAAAAGUGUGUCUUCCUGAUCAGUGAUUUGCGACAAAUUUGGCUCUUGUCCACUUGAAAUUGACCAUCUACGCCCAACCCCGGUUUUCCGGCUUGUUUUCGGGAGGUCGCCACAAUUGGCCCUCGGCUUCUUCCUCAUCCGUCGGCUCUUCCGACUGAUUUAUCUCCCCGAUUUCUGACUCUGAUUCUCAUUUAAAAAGCAUUCUUCUUCUUAUAUUUUCUACUGAAGACUCUCAUGGUAUUCUACUGAUCUCUGUGCUGCUCACAUCAACGUUUUUUCUGCUACUUUGAGAUUACCUCCGCAAUCUCUGUUGAUAGGCGGAGGAGUACAAGGCGCUCCGCCGCCCCAUUCUGUUUGUUUGCGCUACUAAAUUGUGAUUCGAUCCAAUCUGCUGCUGCUUACCGCCUGCGAAAGUAUUGAUGUCUUCGAUUCGCGAGCAAGUGAAGCUCACCCGGCAGUCUAUCCAGGAAUGGAACUCGUGCUCCUCGACCGAGCUCCGACCAGACCUUCUAGGCCUCGGCUGCGAACAGAAGGUCUUCGAGGACCACGGCUACGGCGGCAGUUGCACCUCUUCUACUAUGAGCGCUGCUGUGUUUGACAUGGCUUCGCCGAUGGAUGCCGAAGGUUCGCAAACUGGCCGCCAUCAGCUCCCACGGCUCACUUCUGCGUGUUCUUCAACCGUCGUCGCCGACGAUCAAUCGGAACCGGACCUCGAACGUUGCGACUCGCGCUGCACCAUGUGUGAUGACGGUUUACUCAUUUUCUCGUUUUUAAGGACUGGCCGAGAAUCUUUCUCUAAGUGGUUUAAACUGAACUAGUUGAAUUGAUUACGAUGAGUUUUCUUCAUUCUUGAUCUUUGUUUCGUUUUUCAGCCAUACUAACGAAAAACGUUUCUGAUAAAAAUUUUAGAUAGUAUUUUCAUGACCAGUGUGUGUUUUGUAUUUUUUUAGUGGAGCGCUCUAAAAGGAAGAACUCUCUUUUCAAAUUUUUAUAACUUUCAUGAAUUCGUAUGUAUAGUUACAGAUUAUUCGGGUUUUGAAAAAUUGAUCUUGAAACUUCCGUUGCUCAAAAAUAUUUUUGGAAAUAGGAGAGCUGUACUUUUUGCUAGAACUCUUGAAAAAAGUUUGUUUUUAAGGUUUUUUUUUCCCGUGAAAAGCUUUUCGUACUAAAAAGCUGUUUUUCACGUCGGAAAUGUUGCUUCGACGGGGAACGGUGCUAACACUGACCAAAUAGCCUCCAAACAAACAUCUCUCCUCCCGAAUUUCAACUUUCCGAGGAAAGGAGAAAUGACGCCGUUCAACUCUUGCUACAACACUGUUUUAUGAGCUGUUUACCCUGCGAGAAUUGCCAACCGAAAAUCUCCUAUGGGCCAUCAUCGUGGCGCGGCUUUUACGAUUGAACCUAAACACUUAACGCCGGUUUUUCCACUUCUUUGCUAGAAUAACUUUUGUGUUUGUCGGCUGGGAAAACCGUUUGGCGCAUUUCCGUGUGUAAGUAGCCUGGGCAAACAUUGCGUCAAAAACAGAGGCUUGAGUGAAAAGAUCAGAGGUUUGGCCCUACUUGUGAACGCCACUUGAAGCAUCACUUUGUGGAGGAAAAUAUUGAUAAAUGCCGCCAAGUGGCCUCUUUUUCGCUCGAAAAAGUUUUGUGACUUUGGAGAGAUAAAUCAAAAAAAUUAAAGAGGAUAUGAAGAAGUUUAUUUGUUAUUGGGGUAGCUUCGAAGAAUAGGAGAUCAAACGCGAAAGAUUUUCGUGGAAUUAACUUCAAAAAGUAAAUUUUGAGUGAAAAAUAUUUUCAACUUUGAUUGAAGAAUUUGUGGCUGGCGCAUUGCUUCGAGAAAUAUCAACAAGCUCUUCAAAGCAAUCUCAGAAGUAUUAUCAAAUAAGUUGAGGAUUCUAAUAAAAAAAGGAUUAUUCAAAUUUUUUGGAUAAAAUUGCAUUUGAAAGUGUUAUGGAUAACGAGUGGCGGCUUUCUUUGAAAAUAUCUUGAAGAGUUCAAUGCAGAUGAAAAGUAUUGUGAAUAUUCAGUAUUACCUUUCUCCGAAGCUCUAUGAACUUUGGAGCAAAAAAAAAGACGGGCUUUUGGUUAAACGAACCUACAAACUUCAAUAGUUUAUCGAGAAAAAAAGUUUUAAUAUUUUGAAAAAGGGUGAAGUUGUUAGUUUUCUAUUAACUAUUUUGUAUCUUCAUCUGAAUUUUUUUCUACUUGAAGGAGGCACUUUUUCAUUUUUUUAUUUUAUUUUUUUAUUUUUUUUAUGAUCUAGAAUAAUUUUCAAACAAACAAACUUUAUCAUCAUAAAAAAACUGCCUCUUUGAAAAACUUAAUAGGGCGUUCCAACAAAUUAUGCGCCUUUUUUAUAGAUAGAUCUGAAGGAAACAUUAUUUGCUUGUAGCUUCACAAUGCUGAAUAAUGAGAAAUGUAAUCUAACUAUUUUUUUUUCCAACGUUGCAUCAAAAUGGUAAAUUUUGCAGUGAAAGGAGUGGUCUCGAAAGCGAAAGCCCUGCGAUUAUGCCGAGACGACUUCGAAGUUCUGAAAGUGAUUGGCAAGGGCGCGUUCGGAGAAGUCGCAGUCGUUCGGAUGAAAGGCGUCGGCGAGGUUUCCUCCUGCCGAAUACGGAAGAUGUGACCUCUGAACUUCUUCAGAUAUACGCGAUGAAGAUCCUGAACAAGUGGGAGAUGGUGAAACGGGCCGAGACGGCGUGUUUCCGAGAAGAACGCGACGUCCUCGUCUACGGCGACCGGCGGUGGAUCACCAACCUCCAUUUCGCGUUUCAGGACGAAAAGAACUUGGUGAUUAAUGAUAUUUUGAUUAUUUAUCGGAUUGACAAGUAAAAGUUGUCAAAUAGAAAAAUGAAAGAUGAAAAGAAACUAGGUAAAUGAAAAAGGAACUCGAUUUUACAGUACCUUGGUGAUUGAAGAUUUUUUGAAGUAUCCGAUGAAAUCAAAGAAAUUUCAUCAUUUUUUUAAAUCUAGCUCGGAAAAAAUUGAGCUCAAAAGGUUUUCGGUUGAAAUUUGCACUUAUUGAAAGAUUUGAUAUAAAAUAAAUUGUGAAGUAAGAAAGAGAAGUUAUUAUGUAGAAAAAGUCAAGUAACAAUAACAAUUUGUUUUCUUACGUCAUAAUCAUCAUAGCUUUUCAAAAAAUCUAGUUUCAAGUGGCAUUCAAAAUUCAGAGCAUGCUUGGAAACUCAACAACCUUGUAAAGAAAAUAAGACGGAAGUUUUUUUAAUGAAUUUGCUAACCCUUCUUCUGAUUCCAGUACUUCGUGAUGGACUACUACGUGGGCGGCGACAUGCUGACUCUCCUGUCCAAAUUCGUCGACCACAUUCCCGAAUCGAUGGCCCGGUUCUACAUGUCCGAGAUGGUGCUCGCCAUCGACUCCCUCCACCGCCUCGGCUACGUCCAUCGGUCCUUUCCCACCUGAGAACCCCCAAAACCCAGGAUUUGCAGAGAUGUCAAGCCGGACAACGUGCUGCUCGACAUCCAGGGCCACAUCAGGCUGGCUGACUUCGGCAGCUGUUUGAGGCUCCUCCCUGACGGUUUUCCCGUGUCUCUGUGCCAAUUUUCAUGAUUUUCUGAAGGCUCGGUUUCGUCGAACGUGGCCGUCGGAACGCCCGACUACAUCUCGCCGGAGAUUCUCCGGGCCAUGGAAGACGGCGAAGGACGCUACGGCAAGGAGUGCGACUGGUGGUCCCUCGGCAUCUGCAUGUUUGUCUAAGUCUUACUUUUCAACUGUAGAUUGUUUUGAAAGCAGGAAGGCUUUGAAAAAAGAUUUCUUGAAGAAAUUUCUUUCAUUCCACUUUUUCGAUUUUAUUUUUUUCAUGAAACUUUCAUGGGACACGUUUUUGAGGUCACCAAAAAAAAUCUAAAAGUUUCUUUUCGUGAAUGUUUUUUAUCGAAUGAAGUAGUCUCUACAGGAGAUAUGGUCACCAUUUUAAAAAUAUCGUUUCCGUUGAUAAAUAUAUCUGUUUCUAGGUACGAAAUGCUGUACGGCAACACCCCCUUCUACUCGGAACGACUAAUCGAUACCUACGGGAAGAUUAUGAGCCACCAGGUUUUUCAUGUGUUUGAAUUGACUUCAGAGACUUCUAAAUCAAAAAAUUGCAGUUUAAGCUUUUUGUUUUCAUUCAUCUACAAUUUGCUUUUUUUUUCGUUCAAAAUAUGAAACUGUAGAUGUUAGAUCGAAAUUAUAGUUUUGACGCAACAUUUUGAAAUAAUGUAACUGAAGGUUUGGAAUCUGAAAAUUGAAAGACAGCGAUGAUCGAGUGGAAUUUCGAUCCGCAUAAUUUUAUUCAUUUUCAUAAUUUCUUUUUCAACUAUCGCUUUAUAACUAUUCGCUCAGAAAAUCACUAUAAAUCACAAGUUUGAAUUUUUAAAAGGAACUUUGUCAUUUCCUAGGAUAUGCUGGAUUUCCCUGACGACGAUAUCGACUGGACGGUCUCCGACGACGCCAAAGACCUCAUCACCAAGCUGAUUUGUCCCCGAGAAGUUCGCCUCGGCCGGAAUGGAAUCGACGACUUCAAGGACCAUCCUUUCUUCGUCGGCAUCAAUUGGGACACCAUCCGCGACUGUUCGUAUUUUAAAAGAAUAAUAAUGAAUGCGUAGGUGGAAGAAGAAGAUGAUGAAAAUGAUCUUUGAUGGGAUAAUCUUUGAGAAAUAAAUAAGAACGUUUGACUCUUGUGAAGAGAAUAAUAGGUAAUAUUGAGCACUGAAAAAAUACGUUAAAAUAUGAAGACUAAUAUAAAAAAAUAUUUUUUUCACAGAGUUUAAGCUGUCAUUAAUUGUAAAGGUUGACGUGAAGCUGGAACCUCGAAUGAUUUUUUUCAUUUUUGCAGCCGAACCUCCGUAUAAACCCGAAGUUUCGAGCCCCGAAGAUACGUCGAAUUUUGACGUUGACCCCGGCGAAGACGAUUUCACUCCCUGUGUAAGUUUUCAUUCUUGAUACUGAAAGAAGCUGUAGAUGUUCAGGAGACACAACCUCCCCGAGUUCUGGCCGCCUUCACCGGCAACCAUCUUCCCUUCGUCGGUUUCACCUACACGAAUGGAAGGUCCCACUGAAAUCCUUACGGUCUUCAGUAACUUUUAUCCAAUUUCAGUUUGCUCUCCGACGCCAAGUCAUUGUCGGCCUCAAUCAACACGAAAUCACCCGAGAGCCACUCGAAAAACGCCGGCGUCGAGGCCUAUGAACAACGAAUGAAGGAACUCGAAAGCGAAAAGUCGGAAAUUGCGAGAAAAUAUAAUGGUCUCUCCGAAUUUCCUCCUUUUUCUAUUCAAUUCAUGAUUUCAGAAGUGCAAGCGCUGGUUCAGACGCUUACUAUCGAAAAUCCGAAAACUGACGAGGAUCGUCAAUAUGAACAAACGAUUGCGCAGCUCAAGGACGAGAUCCAGGUUUAUAUUUCGAACCGAAAAAUGGCGCCUAGUUUCAUGAUAAAUAACAGUAGCACGAUAUUUGCGCCAAUAAGACGUGGAUUGACGCAAACGAUUUGACUUAUUUUUCAUUUGGCGCCAAUAAAAACCCGAUGUUUCUAAAACAGUAUUGAUAAAUUGAUAAGCUUUCCGGAAAACUGCAGACGAGGAAGAGUUGUAAAAAAAAAAUCUAACACCAGCUUGAAUGACAAAGUCGAAUUUUCAUAAAGAAAAUCACAAAUUAAUUAAAAUGUUAUUUUUUUCUAUUUUUGAUGCGGCAGAAGUUAUCAAAAAAAUUUAAUCGAUAAGGAAUAUCUACAUGAUUUUUCAGAUUCUGAACAAACGGCUCGCUGACGAAUCGGCCGCUAACCAACGACCUGUGAAGGACGCGAACGCCGAAGAGCUGGAGAAGCGCGUGCGGGAGCUGAAGGAGAAAAACCGGCAGCUGAUCCUCGAGAAGUCGGAGCUGCAGCGGGUAAGCAAGGCGGCACUGACAGCGAUCGCCCUGCGCGACAACGCGACCGUCGCCUCGAAAAUCGCGCAGUCACAGGCCUCGCCGAUGACGGCGUCACUGUCGCAGCCCAUCAUCACUCCGUCGCCGACUCUGUCGCCGGAACCUCGAGGCGACCUCCUACCUCCAUCUCCUUGCAUUUCGCCUAAUAUUAAAAAUACCAAAGCGCGUUUCCACCCACCUGACCCCCUAGCCGCCCGCGACUUCACGCCGCAACCCAAGUUUGACCACAAUAGUAAUCAUCGGCAAAGUAGGAGUCGCGAAAAAGGAGCAGAAAGAGCAAAGUUCCAUCGCGGACUCCGGCCUUGUUGUAGUGAAGAGCGCGACAGUUCUGCGUCCGUUUCUCGAAAACGCAUGAGGUUUCACAGUCCGGCGGUCAGUAGAAGACGCCAUGGUAAGAAGCGUCGAGCCGUCUUUGGAUUACGGCCGAGAGGAGGGAAAACAAGGCGCUCGCGUGUCAGAAAUAGGCCUGCGACGAUGUGCUCAGCGGGCCUGGGCCAACGAAGUCGGAAGGCCUGCGUUUUGUGGGCCUUGGUCUGUCUGGGAGUCUCAGUCCUUUGCCACCAGGCCGACGUGAAGAGCGCCGUCGAACAGGCCAAAGUCCUCGCCGGCGGCGUUUGGAACUGGGCGCAGGCUUCCUAUGGCCGCGGCGUUGUCCACUCUCCUUGGAGCUGAGGGAUUCCCUUUCUGUUGUCAUGAUUGUGUUCUGUGUAAAUUGUCUUAGUUCGAUGUCCGUGUUGGGGUUUUGUUGCUAUGAGCAUGUCUUUUUUAAGUUGGUCUUUAGCUCAGUUUUUUUCUCUUGGUUUCAAGUGAAGACUCUCGAAGAUGAGGACUAGUAAUUCUUUUUGAAAGUCAGCCUUAAGAUUCAGUAAAACUCUGACUUUUAGCCGCCUGAUAGUCGAAAAGUCGUAGCGUGUCCAUGAAGCUCAAAAUUACUAUUAUACUAAGCUUCAACCUUUUUGCUCGAUCCCAACACUGACAAAUACUUUCGCCCUGUGAUGUUGUCCCGAUGUCCGCGGAAUUUCUCUAGCUUUUCAUUUUCUCAUUCAUUUUUGUAAAUAUCGUUUCAGGCAUGAUUAUUUUUGUUGUUUGUGCGUAACUUUGUCCGUUGAUCGAGAUGCUCAUUCAUGUCUGUAAGAUUUAUUGUCCAUAUUUAAUGCAUUAUAUCCUGUAUUCUCUGUUUUUCGAUUGGAGGAAAGAACUCAUUUGAUAAUAACAAUAAAGAUUUAUUCACAAAAAUCUCAAAGUUUUUCCUCCAACGAAAGCUUCAUUUUUUGUCUGAAUGUGUUCUUUGUGUUCUCAUUUAUUUUAUAUCAUCGAAUAAAGGCAAAUUCAAAUGAAUAAACGAGGCAGAAAAAGACGCAAAAGAAGAAAAUAAAAGAAAAAAAAGGCACACAGAUGUUGAAUCUUUACGCUUAUUUCGUGUGCUUUUGCUGUGUUGUUUGUUUGUUUGAACCUGAACUUCCGCUUAAUUUUUCGCUUUUUUCUAUUACGAUAAGUCGCUCAAUCACCCCUCUGCUUUGUGUGUUUGUGCGUAUUUUUCUUUUGGAACCUACAGAAUCGAUUCCGGAGGUUCCAAACCAUCUAACCUUUCUUUUUGUGUUGUUCCACUUUUUUCUGCUUUCUUCCCUCCCAAAGCUCCGAGGAGAUUGCCUAAUUUGUGAUUUUUCCAUCAUUGUUGAAGGAAAAGCGCGUAAAAAGGGUUUCAAAGUACAGCUGAAAAAAAGAAAAAUCGACGUAUCCGGAAAAACAAAAAAAAAUUGACUGAAAAUUUUUCCUUGGUAAAGGCUAAAACUCGAGCUACGCAGAAAAGAGUUGAGAUAAUUGUCAACCAAAAUGUUAUUGUGUGUUUUUUAAUAAUCGAACGUAUGGAAAUUCAGUUUUAACCCCUCGAGAAAUGUUUUUUAUUGGAGAGGAUUUUUCCAUUCCAAAGCUUUAGUUUAUUUUCUCCAGCUGUACUUUGUGAGUGUAACAUGGAAAAUUGUAAUUAGUGAUCCACUAAUCGAUUUGUGUGUUCAGAAGCUGGAAGACACGUCAGAGAUCCUGGCCAUCGAAGAAAAAGAGUGCAAAGAGGCCAUCAAACAACGGGAUUCGACUCGGGCCGAACUCGAUGAGGUCUUCGCUGCUCAGAUUUUCUUUUUCCUAUGUUUCUAAGAUUCCAUGAGUACGAUGAAGACGAGAUUCUAGUCGAAAAAUGAUUGAGAAAUAGAUGAAAGAAAUUGAAUAUUAUUAUGAGUUGAUAAUGAUUUCAAACUUGGUGAUUUGAGGAGUGUGGAGUCAUAGUCUUCUAAUUUGUUUUUUAGGAUUUGAGGAAAAAAGCUUCUCAAACAGAUUUUUCUGAAACGUUUUCGGUUAAUCAAAACAGCUAUCUUCUGAAAUUCUUGUUGAAAAAUUAAAAUAGCUGAAAAAUCGAUUUGUUUUUUUCACAAGGAGCUUGAAAAACCAUAGAAAAAAACUUGAAGAUCUUUUUCUGUCUUCUAGAAGUUUUUUUAAAUGGUUUGAAACAAAUUCUUUUUAUAUAUGAAUCAACUAAAUUUUAAUGAGAUAUUUUCAAUGGUAACUAUGUAGUUUUUGAAGACGUUUUUUUUAAUUUUCUGUUUAUAAUUAGAGAUUUUAUUGGAAUAAUCUCCCAGGUCAACAACGAGCUUGUGGAUGAAAGAAAUCGGUGGCGAAAAGCCCAAGACGAACGCGCCGAGCGGGACGAACAACUGGCGCUUCUGGAGUCGCGGCUCAACGCCAGCAACUCCGACUUCCGUCUUCUGGAGACUGGUCCGUCUUGAAGCUGUCAUGAGAGUCGAAGUUGAACCGUUUCAGCGAAACACGAGCUCGAGAUGGAACUCGAAAGCGUCCGAAGAGCCUUGGACUCUGAGAAGCUGUCACGUGAAGCCUUGCAGGCGCAGGUUCCGCCCUCUUGUUCAUAUUAGUCGUCAACUGGUGCUCAGAUCGCUUCUAUGGGAGAGCCUGGAGCCGAGGCGAAACGACUGGCCGCAGAGCUGGAAAGGCUCAAUGAGCGGCACGCCGAAAUCGUCGCCCAGGAGGAGGAGAAGCGGAAACAACUCGUCGAGCAUUAUCAGGUUAACAUCAACUUCCAAUUUCUCUGGAAAAUUAUUAGGGAUCAAGCUGAAAUUUCAGAAAUAUAAGAAAAGGAUACCUACUUGUCCACAAUAAAAGACUAAUUUUGAAAGAAAGUGAUAGACUCCAUGAAGUUUUUAAAAGAUUAUUCCAAAAAAAAUAACAAGAAUAAUCCAAGCUUUCAAAUGUUUAAUUUCAGCUAUAAUCAAAUUCUGAGGGUAUUCAAUAUAACAAAACAUAAUGUCGCAGUAUGCCAUCAAGAAAGAACUUUUUUUGUCAUCGUAUUGAAACAGCAAUUUCUUACAGUAAAUUUUUUCAUGAUUUUUCGCUUUCAAAAAUUGACUUUUGCAGAACCAGCUGACCAAGCUACAAGGACAGUUCGACGAGAAAGAGUCGGAGACGCGGACGGCCCGAAGUCGUUUCGACGAAGAACGCGCCGCUUUCUUGACCUUGGCCGAGCAGGACCGCAAGUCCAUGGAGGUACUUUCCGAGUCUGUUCUGAAAAAACGAGAUAAAUGCAGCUGCAAUACGAACGGGCGCAGCGGCAACUCCAGGAGAACAUCCAACAGUUGCACGUCGAGAACGAAGCUUUGCGAGCCGAGAAGGAGAAGCUCAGACAACAAGUGUACGUUUAAAAUGAAAAGAAAAAACAUCUCUUGUUCGAUUUCUUCAAAGAGUUUUCAAAAAAUCUCAUCAAAGUUCUUCCUAAUUUUUCAACAAAACCUAAAAAUAAGCUUUAGCGGUUACAACUCUCCAGGGUUUUGAUACGAAAACUUUAGAAAUGAAGCUAUUGAAAUUAGAAAGUUUUUUUCAAAGUUUAAAACUUCUUCAGCAUGAUUCUAAAGUGCAUUCCACCAAAAAAGGGGGGGGCUUUUGGCUUUUAAAACGCAGAAAUUUCAAAGUAACUAUUUUUUUGUUUGCCAUAAACAACGUAGAAAGAUUCGUAUUUCGCGGAAAUGGCGAGUGUUGUUUUUUCAGUGAAAUGCUGCCGAGAAGCGGCUUGACCGAACAUCAGCUUCUCGAACUUUUCAACUGGGUCAACGAAGAAAAGGCGACGCGCGAGGAGAUGGAGGUUUCAAGGAUUUCGAAGAAUUCACAAUGAAAAUGAAUCAUUUCCAGAACUUGACCAGGAAAAUCACUGGCGAGUUCGAAUCUCUGAAGAUUUCGCAGCCGUUGACGCCUGGCAAUUACAACACGAUGAACACUCCGGCUUCGAGACAUUGGGGCUCAAGGAGAAUGAACAAGGUUCGAUUUAGAGCGAUAGGGGAUCUUUUUUUCAUGAUUUGGUUUCAAAUUAUUUGAAGAGAUUGCAAGAAAUAUCUAUACAAAUUGAUUCCUUAAAAAUUUUUUGAAGAGAAAUGGAGUUCACAAACGUUUUAUUUCUGGUUUAGUGUGAAAUAAAAGGCUUUUAUUACCAUUCAAAAGUAAAUUCAGGCUGCGAAAAUGGGUGAUUUGGACCUUCAACGAUCGCUGAACGCCGAGAUCCGCGCCAAAUGCGAACUUCAAGAAGAACUGAAGAAAACUCGCGACCAGUUCUACCUGACCAAGUCGCGACUUCUCGACGCCGAAAAGUCGCUGGUUGACGCCCAACGAGAAGUGAAACAGCUCCGGGAAGAACGCGAUGUCGCUCGAGCCGCCACACGCGAAGGUUUUUCUUUUUCCGUCUUUUUCUUUUUUUUAAAUUGGAUAAUUCCAAGGAGACAGUUAUUCAUGUAUACCAUUGUUACGCAUGUAUGCUUUUGUAUUGGGAACAUAUUUUCUGAAAUUAAAACAAAAAUUAAACGUUGCAGAAGAAUCUGAAAAAAAUUCAGAUUUAAGACAGAGACAAAACGGUAAAAAAAUUAUGUAUCUUAAAAUAGUGAGGUCCCAGUUUUCUGGCACAGAAUUUCUGAUCUUAAGUGAGAAACUCCUCCAAACUCGAAAGUUCAUGGAACUUGGCCAGAAACCUUUUUGAUGUACCGAUCUGAGAUUCUUAGGGGGAAUCUUUGAAGCUUCUUCCCUUUAAUACUAGGUUCUUAUGUAGAUUGCUACUUAGAAGCGUUCAGGAGUCUUCAACUUUUGUGAGAAUUUAGUUCCGAGCAAAAUUAUCUUUCUCUUCAGCUGUUCAUGUAGACGAAUGCCCUCAAACUUUCUCGGAAAAAUUUUAAGAUUAUGAAAAUGAGUAGUUUUUGUCUGCUUUUAAAUGUCCGAAUUUUCUUUGCCGGAGGACAAUUUUUUUCCAGAUUUUCAGAGACCUUUUCCAAUCACUAUUGUUCGUUUUUGAUUGUGAUGUUGAGAGCUUCUUUGAUUUUUGGUUAGCGUCUGUUGUAUUCUAUCCGUGGAUGUGUAGGAGAGCAAAACGAAAGCCUGGGCGGCGGUCUGAAUGUCGACGACGAGGUGGACGAGGAUCUGCUCGACGACGAGUCGAUGCUCAUUUCCGGAAACAGCACGUUUUUCAACCUGGCCAACACCUCGUCGGCCUCGCAACUCGGUAGGUCUCACCUGCGAGCUGCUUCUCCAAACCGACCACUUCUAAUCUUCCACCCGCUUCUCGACUUCUUCCACCGACUCAUCGACUAAACCACCUGUCUUGCAUGUACCGCACUCCCCACUACUGUUAUCAUUAAACGAUUGGCUUCUUUAACAAACUACUGAAAAAUUCGUGAUUCGUCUGUUACAUGCUUUUCUGAUUCCAGCGAGGACAUCAACGCCACGGGAGCCGAUGUCGAGUGACUACGAGAUCUCCAACAGCUCAUUGAUUCGAAGAGCUGUGUCCAAGUUGGUUUUUUCGUCCUGUUUCUUGAUUAUUUCAAAUGGAGAUUCGUGGCAAUCGCCAUAGAGAAGAACUGCCGAUUUUCUCGCAAAGUCGAUAACCUGCUUUUAUCCUUUUACAGUUUUGUGCUUGCUUUAUUUUUAUCUAUUAAAUCUAUGGCAGUCCUUCUUUGUUCCUUUCAAAAACGCUUUUUGUAUUUCUAAUUGUCAAAUAAUAGCUCAAACUUUGCGUGCAAAAUGUUUUAAACAAAAAAAAAUAAUAAAAAAAUCUUCUUUUUUUCCGAAAAAUUCUGGUGAGACUGAAGAAAUCAACAAGCGUUUUUGAACAGACUUUUUUCCGAAUAUCCAUAUUUCUGAUACAGUCGGCUUUUUUCCAGCAGCGCUAGUCAUUCCCCUGCCGGUACCUAUUCUCACCAUCAGUACUCUUAUAAUCAACGAGGAUCACCGGCACCAGCCUACGAGAAUACGGUAAUCCGCCAUGGCGAAACUCCGUCGACGGCUUCCACAAUGUUGGCAGGAAAUCGGGUCUCCAGCCCAAGAGUAAGAAGAUUCCUCUGUUUCUUCAAUGAUAUUUGCCUUUUAGUCGGUGCAAUCCCUGAACAACGCUCUCAACGGACGUGGUCAUCAGUUCGAACGGGUAAAGCUGGAUGUGCCGACCAAGUGUGGCCAUUGUACUUCGAUUCUCGUUGGGUUGGACAGACAAGGUACGUUUUGCCAUCAUUAUCAACCUUAUCACAUCCAUCAUCAGCAAAAGGAAUAUGGGUUUUAAUUUUUGAUUUUCCAGGAUUCUACUGCCAAUCAUGUCAGUAUGCUUGUCACGUUCCUUGUGCUGAGCUGGUCUCCCCUCUGUGUCCUGUUCCGCCGGCGCAAAAAAGGCCGCUUGGAAUCGAUCCAACCAGAGGCGUCGGUACAGCCUAUGAAGGCGUCGUCAAGACUCCCAGAGCUGGUGGCGUCCGAAAGGUUGAAAUCUCUCUGGAUUGAAAACUGUAAAGAAGGAUUUCCAGGGCUGGCAGAGCGUCUACGUGGUUGUUUGCGAUUUCAAGCUCUACCUGUACGACUGUACCCUGGAUAAGCAAAACAAGCCGAUCGGAACGAGGCACGAGAUUCGUCUGGUCCUCGACAUGCGAGACCCUGACUUCGCCGUGACUGGCGUCAGCGAAAACGACGUGAUCCACGCGCAAAAGAGUGACCUGCCGAAGAUCUUCCGAGUCACGACGACUCACAUCCAGAAUGCGUCGACCCUCGACGACAACGCUCCUGCUCGACAUUUCACCCUCCUGAUGGCCGACAAUGAAGACGUAAGAUUUGCGGAAAUGGUUCCGAAGCUAGUUUUUGUCUUUAGGAGAAACGAAAGUGGGUCCUUGCCUUGGGAGAACUGAAGACGUUGCUCAGAAGAUCGAAGCUCGUCGACAGAAGUGCUUUCGUUGUAAAGGUCAAUAUAUAUCCGAAUCUAGAUGUAAGAAGAAAAAUAUUUCAGGAAGUUUUCGACGUCGCCACGUUGCCCUCAAUACGAGUAGCUCAAUGUGCGGCAAUAAUCGACCGGAAAAAAGUCGUCGUCGGAUUCGCUGACCACGGAUUGUACUGCGUGGAAAUGGACCGUCAAGUGAUUUCCAUGUGAAUCCAUGCAUAAAACUUGAAAAGUUGAAGGCGCUGGUCGCCGUGGGCGGCGAGAAGGAGAACAAGCAACGGUGCGUCGAGGCGAUCGAGUACAACGAACAUGAGCAGCUCCUGGUCGCCAUGGUCGGACCGGCUCGAGAACGGCACGUUCGGAUAGUUCCUUCUGCCGCUCUGGAUGGUCGGGACCUCAAGUGGAUCAAGGUCUGGACGUUGUUUCAAAGCCUUCAAAUUAGGUGGAAGCUAUGAAAAUGAUGAGAAAAAGAUAAUAUUAUACCAUUGAACCCUGAAAUUUAUCCAAGUGGUGAAGAGUAAAAAGCCCUGACAUAUUUGAGAAAAGUUGGUACUCAUCUAUUUCAGUUUCAAUUAGAAGAAAUUUCAGGUUGCUGAAACGAAAGGCUGUCACCUGAUCGCGAUGGGAGGCGGAGGCUCUGCCGGAUCGGCCGGCUCAGGCCUCAACUUCUUCGCCGUCGCCGUCAAGAAGAGCGUCAUCGUGUUUCAGAUCGACCGGUCCGAGAAGCGACACAAGAAGUGGAAGGUUCAAAGUCGUCCUUCUACACUGACCUCACCAAUCUUCUGCAGGAACUGGCGAUGCCUGGCCUGCCCCAGUCUUUGACCAUCUCUGGCGGUCGUCUUCUCGUCGGCUUUACCCACGGCUUCCGCGCCUGGCCCCUGACGACGUCGGCUUCGCACGACGCCUCCGCCGUCAACUCACAGCACAUCUGUGCGUACGCCACGUCUUCUAAGAUUUGCGUCGUUUGGGACUAUUUGGACCACUUGGGCGGGGUUCUGGAAGAGUGCCAAGUUUGGCGCGACGCGGCUUUCGAAGCUGACGACCAUAGACAGCCCUUCGUCAUCACGUCGUGGCUUGGAUGGAGCGUCGUCGAGACGUCUUCUGAAGACGAAGAAUCGGAUGACGUCGACCAUGUCUAGUUGCAUGUCUCCAAUGCCUUUGUGUUUUUUUAAGCUUGAUUUCUUUGUUAUGUUAACACUUCAAAGUUUUGAAAAGUACUAAUUACCGCAUAAUGGAAUGUUUUCUAUAUAGAGUUUAAUCAGUCUAUAAACAAAAUUUCUAUGAUCAAAAUUUUUUUCUUUCAAACAAAAAUAAUCGAACUUUUCGGAAUGAUAUCAACUUGCGCUGAUUUCACUUGCAAAAUUAACUAAAUACCCAUAUUUAUCUCACUUUUUUUUUCCUUUUUUGCACUUGUCUCGUUUUUUUUCCCCGAUCACCUGCCUGUAUUCUAGUUAUUGUACGGUUACCCUGUUAUACUUGGUCUGUGAAUAGAUUUUGGUUUUUUCCUUUUGGAUUGGAAGAGAAUAGAGAGUUUGUGUGGAGUAAUAACUUUUGCCAACUUUUUUUUCUGAAUGCAUCCCUUUUAACUUUUAUCUGCCGAAAGGUGCUAUUUGUGUGGGGAGCUGAAUAAAAUUCUACUGGCACUUGUUCCGUUUUUUGUUCGUUUUGUCCGUUUUUGGUUGCUUACAUUAAGUUAGGGCUGAAAGAGGUAUUCAUCACUGUUUUUGGGCAAAAUACUGCAAAAUAGGAAAUUUCCGAGCAAUUUCGAUACUUUUUCUAAAUGUUUUUCAUCAAAAUAUUUUUCAUUAAAUUCUUCCUAUAAUGAUUUUAUUUUUCAAAAAAGCGAUGAAUGCACUUUUUUGGGAAAUUUCAGAAUUCAGGUUUUGGCGGAACAACUAAGUAAAAAAAAAAUUUGAAUAGUGUCCAUGAUAAACUUCAAAAUUUUAUCACAGUCCAAGCGUCCCAAACGGCUCAAUCUUCACUUGAAAAACGGUAAUGAUUUGAUUUUUGCAGCUCUGGUGAACAUGGAGGACAAGUCGCUGCAGUUCCUCAACCAGGCCAACUACGAGGCUCAGCUUCUGGUCGAGAUCCCCAGCGAAGUCACCGAGUAUUUGCUCGUCUUCAACCAGCUCGGCCUCUACGUCAACGAACAAGGUUUCCCGUUCAAUACGAUCAUCACAUUCAACAUUUACGUGCAGGAUGUCGAUCCCGGGCUCCUGAACUCAUGUUCCCUGCUUCGGCCAAGUCGUUCGCCUACCAGGCGCCCUACCUAUGCGUCUAUUCCGACUACGAGGUCGACGUGUUCAACGUCGUCUUGGCUGAAUGGGUUCAGACUUUGAACUUGAGGUUUUUUCAGUUUACAUUGUUUGAAUGAUAGAUAUUUAAUCAAAAAGGGCUAACUACGGUUGA